AUGCCUGGCUCGAAAGGACAUCAAUGGAAAAUACUUGCCGUAGGACGCGAAGCAAAAAUAGCAGAGGCACUUGAACAUUUUAUGCAUGAAUCAAAUUACGACAAUGUCAAAGCUAUUGCACUCGAAAAUGAUAAAGAUAGUGAUGGUAGAUUUAUCGAAAUGCUCAAGAGUAAUGAAUGGGAUGCGGUGUCAAUUGGUGCUGGUGUGAAUGGAUUUGCAGAUAUUCCUCAUGAAGUUACAACUCUUCAUUGGUUUAAUCGUCUUGUUAAUCUUGUACAUCAACACUCACCAAAAGCCAAACUUAUAUUCGUAACUGGCCCUGAAGAUCUGCCUGAUGCAGCUGAGAGAGUAUUAGGUGCCACAGAGGCACCCGUUGAAACCGUCUGA